AAGCGCUAUUUCCAUUCUCUUCUCUGAAAUUUUUCCUUCAAUAUUAAGUCAAUCUAUGGAGAAUGAUGUUCCCGCUGAUAUCCAUUUCACUGAUUUUGAAGACAAUUUAGGAGGAUACUGAAUUUUUGUGUUACUUCUGUCUAUCUUCAGUCGUUAGUCAAUCCAUGGAGAAUGAUGUUCCCUUUGUCACGAAUAUGACCUAUUUUGCAGGCGCUGCUUGUGUCCUCGAGUGCCCUGACAAACUAAAACCAUUCGUUGGCAAGAAAUUCAACACUUUGGACGCCGAAAUUGCUUUCUACGAUGCUUAUGCUCGUGAAGCUGGCUUCGAUGCCCGGAAACGUGGAAUCAAAUCUUCACGUGAGUGUGUUACUUGGCAAUAUAUUGUGUGCAACAGAAAAGGGUUGAAGAAUGGGAUUGAAAUGGAUCACAUUCAUGCUCGUGAAGGAUUUAUUAACAAGCGCAGAAGAACCUCUAAAAGAUGUGACUGUAAGGCUAGAAUCUCAUUGUGGCUAGAAGGAUUUUAAUUACUAUCCACUGUAUCUCAGUUGCAGAACUUAUUACCAAUUGAUGGGAUAUAUUCAUUUUACUGUUUGAUUAA